GUUUAUAGGUAGCGUAAUAAUACAUCUCUAACGACGUGGCCACCACCAUCUUGGAAGUGCCUCUGUGGAACAUAGACCACAACUUCGUGUACAUGGUAGAUUGUUAAGACAACUUUACAUAGAGGAGUAUAUAUUUUGUGCAUCACAACCAUGGUUCUGUUGGCUGCCGCUGUGUGCAAUAAGGCAGGGAAAGCCAUAAUAUCCCGACAGUUUGUGGAGAUGACUCGAUCAAGGAUUGAGGGUUUGCUGGCUGCUUUCCCCAAGUUGAUGAACACCGGCAAGCAGCACACAUUUGUUGAGACGGAGAGCGUGAGAUACGUGUACCAGCCACUAGAGAAGCUGUACAUGCUGCUCAUCACCACCAAGGCCAGCAACAUCCUGGAGGAUCUGGAGACUCUUCGUCUCUUUGCUAAAGUGAUACCAGAGUACUGUCGCAACAUGGAGGAGUCAGAAAUAGUGGACCAGUCAUUCUCACUUAUUUUUGCCUUUGACGAGAUUGUUGCCCUGGGCUACAGAGAGAAUGUCAACCUUGCUCAAAUACGCACAUUCACAGAGAUGGACUCCCAUGAGGAGAAGGUGUUCCAGGCUGUCAGACAGACCCAAGAGCGUGAAGCUAGGGACCAGAUGAGGAAGAAGGCCAAGGAGAUACAACAGAGGCAGCGAGACAUGGCCAAGGGCUCUCGUUCAGGCUUCGGUAGCUCCGGAGGAUUCGGCAGCAGUUCGUACAGAUCAGACAACACAGUAUUUGAUCCGAUGCCUGUAGAACCUGUCAAAUCAUCAUACUCCCAGCCAAGCAAACCAUCCGGUCCAAGCAAGGCUCUCAAGCUGAGCACCAAGAAGAAGGAUGUGGACACAUUUGUGGGGCAGCUCGAGUCAGAGGGAGAAAAGGUGGUUGAUUCCAACAAGUCGAUGUCCACAACUGUUGCCAAGAUGUCCACGCCAACAGCCAAUCAAGAGAGUGUCCACAUAGUGGUUGAGGAGAAGGUCUCUGUGACGGCCGGUCGAGAUGGAGGCUUGCAGAACAUGGAAGUUCUAGGCAUGAUCAAACUCAAGAUUACUGAUGAAAAAAAUGGGCGCGUCAAAAUCUUUUUGGCGAACAAUGACGACAAAGGUGUUCAGAUGCAGACCCACCCGAACAUAGACAAGAAGAUGUUUCUGGCAUCCUCCAAUAUUGGGCUGAAGAACCCGGACAAACCGUUCCCACUCAACACAGACAUCGGGGUGCUGAAGUGGCGGCUGCAGACCCAGGACGAGUCUCUCAUGCCCUUGUCAAUCAACUGCUGGCCAUCAGAGACGGGCAGUGGCUGUGAUGUGAAUAUUGAGUUUGAGUUGGAGAGAACAGAACUUGAACUUGAAGAUGUUCUUAUAUCUAUACCUUGUCCAUCUGGUGUGGGUUCCCCUGUGGUGGGCGACUGUGACGGCGACUACCAGUAUGAUUCCCGCGCCCACCUGCUGAAGUGGACCAUGCCUGUCAUCGACGCCUCCAACAAGUCCGGCAGCCUCGAGUUCUCCAUAGCGGGCCAUCCAGACGACUUUUUCCCUGUCAAUGUUUCCUUUGUCUCCAAGAAAUCUUAUUGUGAUAUUCAGAUCAAGGAUGUGAGGUUUGUGGAGGAUGAUCAACCAGUCAAGUUCUCCGACGAGGUUCUCUUCUACGUGGACAAGUAUGAGAUAGUGUAAUAGGAACAUACCAAUAGAAUAUGACAUUUGUUAACUUAAACUCUGUUAUGAAGACAUAUUAAGGCUGUGGACUUGUGAGAAAAAUAUAAUAGCUUGGAAGCCGUGCCAGGAAUAAAGACACCGAGGUAGCAGCAGGAUGUUACACCCAAUGUAACACCCAUCCAACAUCAGAUUCCAGAACAUCGUAUUUAAGCUAUACCACCCUGUCUGUCACCUGGAUGUUAAACAAGUGCCCCAUGUAAAGUUACGGUGGAAUACGGCUAGUAUACCAUCCCAGGCAAACAUUGGAUGUAAUAUCAGUAUGCUACUCCAUCUAUCAUCAGGUCGAAUGGUUGUUACAUCCGUAUUACUCUGCUAAAAGAACUUGUAUAACAUCCACGUAACAUCAGGGUGUAUCUCUGUGAACCAUCCACGUAACAUGGUGUUAAGCUGGCGUCACAUCCCAUGAGAAGAGAACAGAAGAAUAUUCUUGGAGACGUACGGGAUGUGGAUAAAGUGAAGGAGGUCUUGUUUCCAUGGUGUCAGGUGGUCAGCAGCCAAGUUUUCUUCUAUCAUUUGUGGGAGAGAGAAAGCGAUGAAUGUUCUUGUAUAUAUACUCUGUGUGGGGAAACGUGGGCCAUAUUUUCAGCCUCUUUGUACAUAGAACAUAAAUUAUCUCAUAUCUGUCCACUCUUCACACAUAUUUGUGUAAAUGUUAACAUGAGAAAAAAAGUCAUCAUGCAUGUUGAAUAUCUGUCAUGAGAGUUUACUGGGGAAACAGCUGAAGGUGGUUGUCAUCUCGGGAAACUAGUGAAGAAACAGAGUCUAACUUAACAUGCACUCACAGUAAUAGACUUAAGACAGCAUUGGGAACUGCAUCAGCUGACCACAAUGGGCAGUUUGUAGAUCUGAUGGAGGUUAAGUCAAAGACAGACAAGCAUAUAUUCAGAAACAGCAUCCAGCAUCAACUCUCUCUUUGGCUGCCUGUUGACGGAAACAUGUACAGCUGGUAAAAGUCUGGGUAUUUAGAUGUGUCCAUGCUUGGAUCUGAAGUAGGAAUAACCAUGCCACAUCUGUCACUUAUUUUAAUGAUUCAUAAAACUAAAGCAACUUACAUGAUUCGAUGCUUAAAAUGCAUUAUAAUUAAGUGACUUUCAUCAAGAAGCAUGUGUAAUAGAUUGCUUGUAUGAUGGUAGGACUAUUUGUGAAGCCAUGUUUGCCCGGUAAGCAGGACCAUAUAACUGUCAUUGAUCAGGUGAAGAAACAGGAAAUCACCCAGCAGCUGAGCUAGUUGUAUCCCACAUGUCAUUAAGUGUCUGUACUAACAUUGUUCGAAACAAAGACUGAAUAUCGUGGGGUCCUUUUCAUAAUGCUAAUGUUAAAUAUUGAAGAUGGUUGGGGAUCCAAGAUUCAAUUACUGCAGCAGCAAACCCAGCGACUCCCCUUAACUUCGAACACUACUGUUUUCCUGGGAGAGACAAAGGGGGCCCACUUGUCCCUGCAUUGACCCAACGUGUAGAACUGGGGUUGAGUCUACUUGUAGGUACAGUGACAGCCCAUUUUUGUAGUGUCCGUUACACAAGAACACUGCUCUGUUGUAAACAGGGAUGUCAACUUGGACUUGACUAGGACUCGGCCAGAAAUUCGUGUCUAGGAGUGAGUAUGGUGUCAGAAGUGUUCAACAUGAGUUUACAUUGUGAGAAAGGGUAGCCUGGUGGUUAAAGCGUUAGCUCGUCACGCUAAAGCCCCAGGUUUGAUUCCAUAUUUCUUUUAAGGUAUACAAUAUGUGCAAGACUUUUUGUCAGAAUAAGUCUACAAGUUGGUUAACCUGUUUUAUCUGCCCUGUUAAUUGAAUUGAUAGUUAACAUGGGAAUGCAUUUAAUCGCCAAAGUGCUUAUUUAUGGUUAACGAUGAUUGUAGGGAAAUAAAAAUGAUCAAUUUGUCUUGUAUAUGUCAGUCUUUUUGUAAAUACUCCUGGAAGUCUGUCACUCCGUGCGCUGUUGUUGAAAUAUUGUACAUAAGAGAGAAAUCUGUUUCUUAUGUAUUUGUAUGCACUGUGAGUGGACUCGAAUAAACUGCUCUAUAUGCUUA